UACAAGGUGACAUAAAAUGUAAAAAAUUACACGUAGAAUAACCAUUUUAAAAUCUCUUUCAAACUGGUAGUUGAGCUGAAGAAGUGAAGAUGUAUUUCACCCCUGUCUUUUUGUUUAUCGUAUCCGCAGCUUUUGUCAACGCUGAUUUGGGUGCACCUCAAGUCCAAGUUGUUAACAAUGGACCUACCGAAUUUGUCGAUAAAGUAGACGAUGAUAAUGUGCCAUCGAUUGACGAGCAAGUGGAACCUCUUGGAACAGACAAUGUAUUCUGUCUGUUCACCUAUGGUAAUUGGGUAAUGCCUGCCACGAUGCAGCAGGAUGUUCCUAAUGCCAUUUAUUCUGGAGUUGCACGAUUACCAUAUCACAGGCUUGAUUUCAACUACUACUCGCAAGAUUUACAAGGAAGUUUCCCGACUAUUGUUCCUGAUUGCGGAUACGAAGUCUGGGGAUCUAUUUAUUUGAUUCCGGUUACAGAUUUAGAUACUGUUUUAUUAAAAGGAGGCAUAGUAGAUGGCAAGAAAGUAUUCCAUUUCGUGCAAACCGUCGUCGAAGCUUAUUCCAACGGAAACGUCAUCAAUGUAAAAUGUAACGCUUUCCAACAAACCAGCCUACCCGAUAAAGUAAUCUAUGGACUUCCCCUGCCUCAAGACAGAAGACCAUCUCAGCAAAUUAUCGACAUGUUGGUCGAAUCCUACCAAGAUGGCGGUUUACCUCAAAAAUACAUAGACGAAGUUUCCCAAAUUCCAACCUUAGAACAGGGUUACAUUGAAACAAACCAGGUCCAGCAGCCUCAACAAAACCCAACAGUCGUUGUGGCUCCUGAUUCUGUUGUCGUGGCUCCUGAUUCCGUUGUCGUGGCACCUGAUUCGGUGGUUGUUGAUCAAAACCAAGAUCAGCAAGUUCAAGUUACCCCCCCUUAUGGAGUGCCACCAAUGCCACAUAACCAGCCGUAAUAACUAAGCAAUUUUCUAUAACGAAAAGCUUAAAAUUUAUUACGUUCUUCACUUUAGAUUGUAAUGAGUCAUUAUUUUUUUUAAAAAAAUAAUAAUUUUCGUAUUAAAGCAUAAAUUUUAGAUACCUAUCACAAUGAAAAAUUUUACAAGAUUAUACCUACAUUUUAUUGAGAAAUUAAAAAUUUCAAUUAAAAUAAAAUAUUGCACGUAA